AUGGCGAACAUGCCACCUGUUAUUCUCGGCUACUGGGACAUCCGAGGCCUCGCCCAGUCAAUCCGCUACUUGCUGGCCUACGCGAGGGUCCCAUAUGUGGACAAGAGGUACUCCUACGGCAGUGAAACAGAGCCUAACCGUGAUGAGUGGCUGGCGGUGAAGCACAAACUUGACUUUGACUUUCCAAACCUGCCGUACCUGAUUGAUGGCGACAUACGCAUGACGCAAAGUCAGGCUAUCCUGCGCUACUUGGGACGAAAACACAGCCUGGUCCCGGAAGACGAGGGAACAUUACGGCGCGUCGACAUGCUGCAGCACGAGGCCUUUGAUAUCCUGUGGGACACAGCGCGUCUCUCUUACGACCCCGACUACACAGAAGACAAAAGGCGACAAUUCUUGACCGAUGUGGCCGACAGGCUUCACCAUCUUCAAGUUUACUUGGCCAAGCACGGUCCAUACGGGGCUGGGAAUACCGUCACCUACGUGGACUUCAUGCUUUACGAGAGCUUUCAAGUGGUGAAGAUACUCGGCCCUACUACAUUCCGAAAAGGUUAUCCGGGUCUCGAAGAAUACUGUGACAGGAUUGCUGCCUUGCCAGGUCUUCAGGAAUAUCUUGCAUCGGACAAGUUCAAGUCUUGGCCAAUUUGGAGCCCAUUCGCCAAAGCGCUUUCGGCUCGCAGCAGCGUACCCGCAGAUGACUGCUGA